UUCCCUCCAAAGUAAAACCCUCACGAAAUAGUAACACAUGCCAAAUCUAAGCUCUUAAACCCCUCUCUCUGUCUCACUCCACAGUCCACACACACAUGUUAACUAUUUCGAGAAUGAAGUCCAUCCUAACUCCAACGUUGUCAGCCUUCACUUUUCAACUCCCCAAGACCGCUCAUCUUGCCCUCCUCACCUCCAAGUCCUUUCCAUGCAAUCCCAACCCCACAACAACUCUCCUUCCCCUAAAACCCACAACCCUUUCUCCCACUUGUUCGAUUCAUUCAAUCCAAAGUCGCGAUGUGCACAUGGAACCGGCGACUCUUCCGCCGGAGUUUCCCGGAGAGAUUCACGUGAUCGUUGGCCCGAUGUUCGCCGGAAAAACCACCACCCUUCUUCGUAGAAUUCAAUCUGAGAGCAGCAAUGGCAGAAGUGUGGCAAUAAUAAAAUCGAAUAAGGAUACAAGAUAUGGAUUGGAUUCAAUUGUGACACAUGAUGGGGCAAAAUUGCCAUGCUUGGCCUUACCAGAUUUGUCAUCAUUCAGACAAAAAUUUGGUCUUGAUGCAUAUGAUAAGUUAGAUGUGAUUGGUAUUGAUGAAGCUCAAUUCUUUGAGGACCUUUAUGAUUUCUGUCGUGAAGCUGCUGAUAAUGAUGGCAAAACAGUAAUAGUUGCUGGACUAGAUGGUGAUUAUUUAAGGAGGAGCUUUGGUUCUGUGCUGGAUAUAAUUCCCCUGGCUGAUUCUGUUACUAAAUUAACUUCUCGCUGUGAACUUUGCGGUAAACGUGCUUUCUUCACCUUAAGGAAAACGGAGGAAGCACAAACUGAACUGAUUGGUGGGGCUGAUGUCUACAUGCCCGUGUGUCGGAAGCACUAUGUCAGUGGACAAGUAGUCAUGGAAGCUGCAAGAACUGUCUUGGAAUCUCAAAACGUUCAGUGUAUUUCUUAUGCAUAGUUCAAGAGUUCAACUACUUAGCAGAAAAUCUAGAUUUUCCUAGUAUUCUAGAUUUUCCUAGCAUGCUCUGCUUUGUAGUCUACACAACCUGUCGAUUGUGAAAUUGCAAUGGUGUUAAAGAAUUUUACGUCUUUAGGUUCCUCUCAAGAAUGUAUAUAUCGCUAAAUCUAUUUAAAUGAUGAAUUUUUGAUAGAUGCUUAUAUU